AUGAGCGCUCCCCCGGCGGCUCCCCUCCGAGCGAAUAUGGGCACAGCCGUGUCCAAAAGGAAGACGCUGAGGAACGAGGCCAUGUCGUCGGUGGCGGCUAAAGUGAGAGCGGCGCGGGCGUUUGGAGAGUACCUGUCACAAACCCACCCCGAGGGCAGGAACGGCUCAGAUCACCUGCUAGCAGACUCCUACCUGGGGCAGGAGGACUCCCCUGAGAUGCAGCAGGCGGCGCAGAACAAGCGCAGGCUCUCGGUCAUCUCGGACGGCAAGUUUGAGAGGAGCUUCUCGGAGGAGCAGGCAGAGAAGGUGCCGAGUGAAGGACCCAAGGCCCGCGUCUACACCAUCUCCGGUGAGAGGCCGAUGCUGUCAGACCACGAGAGCGAGAGCAUGGAGCUGGUGGUGAUGAAGGGAGCUGCCCAGGAGGAGUGCCACCACGGGCACCACGUGCAGAGCGCAGGCGGCUCGCACGGCAGCAGGCACUGCAAGGCCUGGCCGGGCAGCCGGCAGGGCUCCAAGGAGUGCCCCACCUGCUCCCGCCUGGCUGCCCCGUCCCAGCAGUCCUUUGACCUGGAGCAGCAUCAAAGCGGUGACGCUGGGUGGCACAGAAAAAGGCUGGAGAGGAUGUACAGCGUCGAUCGAGUGUCUGAUGAUGUCCCCAUCCGAACCUGGUUCCCCAAAGAGAACCUCUUCAGUUUCCAAACCGCCACUACAACUAUGCAAGCCAUCUCGGCGUUCAGGGGCUACGCAGAGAGGAAGAGACGGAAACGAGAGAAUGAUUCUGCAGCUCUUAUCCAGAGGAAUUUUCGGAAGCACCUCCGCAUGGUGGGGAGCCGAAGGGUUAAAGCACAAACAUUUGCCGAACGGCGUGAGAGGAGCUUCAGCAGGUCCUGGAGUGACCCGACUCCCAUCAAAGCCGAUUCCUUCCAUGACUCUCGAGAAAGCCAUGACCUUCAGGAUUCCUGCGGCACUUUGGACGGCGACUUCGACUUGAACUGGGAAGCAGAAAAGGAACUUGAAGCCAUGGCAUGUGAUGGAGAAGACUUUAUUCCACCAAAAAUAAUGCUCAUUUCUUCCAAGGUGCCCAAAGCAGAGUACGUCCCAACCAUCAUCCGCAGGGACGACCCCUCCAUCAUCCCCAUUCUCUAUGACCAUGAACAUGCCACCUUUGAUGACAUCCUAGAGGAAAUAGAGAAGAAGCUUAACAUUUAUCGGAAAGGCUGCAAAAUCUGGAAGAUGCUGAUAUUUUGCCAAGGAGGUCCUGGUCACUUGUACUUGUUAAAGAACAAGGUUGCCACUUUUGCCAAAGUGGAGAAGGAGGAAGAUCUGAUCCUCUUCUGGAAGAGGUUGAGCAGGCUGAUGAGUAAAGUCAAUCCUGAACCAAAUAUCAUUCACAUCAUGGGCUGCUAUGUUCUUGGAAACCCCAAUGGGGAGAAGCUAUUUCAGAAUCUGAAAAACUUAAUGAAUCCUUAUAGGGUUGCCUUUGAGUCUCCACUUGAACUAUCAGCUCAAGGUAAGCAGAUGAUUGAGACUUACUUUGACUUCCGCCUUUACCGCCUCUGGAAGACCCGCCAGCACUCCAAGCUCUUGGAUUACGAUGACAUUUUAUGA